AUGCAACCCCAAAUCUUGGUACUAAAGGAGGGGACGGACCAGUCUCAAGGGAAACCUCAGCUUGUUUCCAACAUCAAUGCCUGCCAGCUUGUUGUCGAUGCUGUUCGCACAACCCUGGGACCACGUGGUAUGGACAAACUUAUCGUUGACCAUGGUGGAAAGGCUGUUAUAUCAAAUGAUGGAGCCACAAUUAUGAAGCUUUUGGACAUUGUUCACCCAGCUGCAAAAACGCUGGUCGACAUUGCCAAGUCACAGGAUGCAGAGGUCGGAGACGGUACAACAUCUGUCGUGAUUUUAGCUGGAGAGAUUUUGAAGAGACUCAAGCCGUUUGUUGAGGAAGGUGUCCACCCACGUAUCAUAGUAAGGGCGGUGAGAACAGCAUCAAAACUCGCCGUGGACAAAGUUAAGGAGAUGGCUGUCAAAGUCGAAAGCAAAUCUCCCGAGGAACAGAGGGAUCUCUUGCAAAAAUGUGCAGUAACUGCCAUGUCAUCAAAACUCAUUCACCAGCAGAAGGACCACUUCUCCAAGAUGGUUGUUGAUGCUGUAUUGUCUCUGGACGCUCCCCUUCUGCCCUUGGAUAUGAUUGGCAUCAAGAAGAUAACAGGCGGUGCCCUUGAAGACUCCUUCCUAGUUGACGGUGUGGCUUUCAAGAAGGCCUUCUCCUACGCUGGGUUUGAGAUGCAGCCCAAGAGCUAUGACUACUGCAAAAUCGCUCUGCUCAACAUUGAACUGGAACUGAAGGCUGAGAGGGAUAAUGCUGAGGUUCGCGUUAACAACGUGCUGGAGUACCAGAAGGUGGUGGACGCUGAAUGGCAGAUUCUGUACGAGAAGUUGGCGGCUCUACACGCCAGUGGGGCGAACGUCGUGCUGAGCAAACUGCCCAUUGGUGACGUCGCGACGCAGUACUUUGCUGACCGAGACAUGUUCUGCGCUGGCCGCGUCCCUGACGAGGACAUCAAGCGGACGCAACGCGCCUGCGGCGGUGCCGUACUCUCGUCCACGCGGGAUCUCAAUCCAGACGCCCUGGGACACUGCGCACAAUUCACGGAGAGACAGAUCGGUGGCGAGAGAUACAAUAUAUUCACUGGUUGUCCAGCGGCGAAGACCUGCACGCUGAUCCUCCGCGGUGGCGCCGAGCAGUUCUUGGAGGAGACGGAGAGGUCCCUUCACGACGCCAUCAUGAUCGUCAGGAGGACCAUCAAGAACGACGCUGUUGUUGCAGGUGGCGGCGCCAUCGACAUGGAGCUAUCGAAGCACCUCCGCGACUACUCCAAGGGCAUCGCCGGCAAAGAGCAGCUGCUGAUCGGCGCGGUGGCCAGGGCCUUUGAGGCGAUACCGCGGCAGUUGUGCGACAACGCCGGCUUCGACGCGACGAACCUGCUGAACAAGCUGCGCCAGAAGCAUCAUCAGGGUGAAAUAUGGUACGGCGUGGACAUCCAGAAGGAGGACAUAGAGGACAACUUCGUCAGUUGCGUGUGGGAGCCAGCCAUUAUCAAGAUCAACGCCAUCACAGCGGCUUGUGAAGCAGCCUCACAGAUCCUGUCAAUAGACGAGACGAUUAAGAACGUGAAGAGCAGCGGAGAUAUGCCGGCGCAGGGACGCGGCAUGGGGAGACCACGAAUGGGUUAA